AUGAGUCACAUCAUCAGAUAUCUUGCAUCUUUCCUUCUGCUUCAGCAGGCAUCAAGUCUCAGCCUUCCUGAUGUCACAGCUGUCACCUCCCAACUUUCGCAUAUUUCUCCACAUUUGGCUGCUCACUCGUUUGCUCCCUCGGACCUCCUCGAUGGAUACAAGGAAUUGUUGAAUUCCAAUCCUCUCCCUACCAAGAUGCUGACAGGUGCUACCUUGGCAGUCUGUGGAGACGCCAUUGCACAGUCCAAGGAUGAUAACGAGUACGAUAAGCCACGAGCAGCAUCUUUUGCCGCAUUCGACAUGGUAUACCGCGCCGUCCAACAUUUCUCUUUCCCUAUCAUUGUUGCGGCUUGCCAUGGUCAAUACCUUGGAGCCAUCCCACUAGUCGGCGACAUUGAUGUUUCUCAAUUGAGUGCCAUGGAACAAACCUUGGCAAGUCAGCUUGGAAUUGUUCCUUUCUUUUACUAUCCAGUCUUCUUUUCCUUGACCGGAGCUAUUCAAGGCCUUUCGGUUUCUGGCGCCAUGGACCGAGCCAAGGAAAACUUUGUUCCCCUCAUGAAGAGAAACCUUCUCUUCUGGAUUCCAGUUCAAUUUAUUCAGUUUGGCUACAUUCAAGAAGACUUGCAAAUCCCAUUUUUGUCCAUGUGUGGAUUGGCCUGGACUUUUAUCUUGUCCGUCGCUGCUGGUUCUGCCAAGAGCUACACUCCCGAGGAGGAGACCGAAAUAAUCACUCCUGGAGACGGCACCUCCAAAGAUGACACGAGCACAGUAGCGCCCGUUACGCCAAUCGUACAGCGCUCAUGA